GAGGCGGAGCGGCAGCCCCCGGGCAGUCCGGGCGCGGCCUCCGCCUCCACGUGCGCGGCCUUCGACCAGGCGGCCAGUGGAUUCCGCCCCGUAGCCGCGGAGCCCUUUGAGGAGCAGCCUGGCCGAGCAGCCGGCCACGGGCGCGCGCUCCUUGGCACUCCGCCGAGCGAGGGGCGGCAGGCGGCGGGGCAGCGCGUCUGGGCAGCCCGCACCAGCGCCCGCCAGGCGGCGCGCUCGCCCCCCGGCGGGGCACGCGAAGGACAGGCCAUCCCGCCGGUGCGGGCACGCGGUGCUGGGUUCGCGGUCGCGCGCUCGGCAUCGGAGGGGGCCCUGACGCAUGGCCGCCUGCCGGUGACAGGGGAGGCCCCCGAGACGUCUGCCCACGCCGCCAGGUCGCCCGGCUGCAGUGCGUGCGAGGAGGGGUCCCCGGCGGCGGCGGCGCUCCUCGCGGCGGAAGCUCUGCGCCGCCGCGUGGCCGGCGGCCGUGCCGCGAGUCGCGGGCCCGCACUGGCCGUGGAGUGGCCCGCGGGGCUUCCGCGCGCGGGCGUGGUGGAGCCUCGGCACGGGGCGCCGUAG